GGGGCUCGUCCUGCUGGCUCCCCUCAGGAUGGUCCUCUGUCCGGGAGCGGGGGACAGGAAGAGGCUGGGGGUUGUGUACAUAGUGGACCGGGGAGGCCUGUCACCGGAGACUUCCCACCCCCCUGUCAUAGGAGCCCCCCCCCGAAAAAGUCCCUGGAGUCUAUUAACUCAAGGCUUCAACUUGUAAUGAAAAGUGGCAAAUAUGUCCUGGGUUACAAGCAGACUUUGAAAAGAAUCCGCGAGGGCAAGGCCAAACUGGUCAUCCUCGCUAACAACUGUCCUGCUCUGAGGAAAUCAGAGAUUGAAUACUAUGCAAUGUUGGCAAAGACUGGAGUCCACCACUACAGCGGCAACAACAUUGAACUUGGUACAGCCUGCGGUAAAUACUACAGAGUGUGCACACUGGCUAUUAUUGAUCCAGGUGAUUCCGAUAUCAUUAGAAGCAUGCCAGAACAGCAGCCCAGUGAGAAGUAA